AUGCUCGAACGCGCCGAUCUCCUCCACCCUCUGAAAGCUUCCCUGGGCUCCCCCUUCAGCUCCAACCCUCUCUCUCCCAACCCCAACCCUCUCAUCAUUGUCAUCAGCGGCUCCAACGGCGUUGGCAAAGAAACCCUUAUCGCGCGUUUUCGUGAGGCCCGUCGCGGCCUCCGCUUGGUCGUCACCGCCACAUCGUGCCCUCGUCGCCCCACCGAAAUCGACGACAAGGACUACCUCUUCGUCUCGAAGGAGGUGUUUCUCGGGAUGGUGGAGCGGGAGGAGUUUCUCCAGUACGCCCUCGGGUCGAUAUUCAGGGCGCCGCCACGUGAGAUAGAAGAUUAA